AUGAGUAAGUUUUACGUAUUGUACGAACACAGCGCGGGCUUUGCGUUGUUUCGUGUGGCUGAGUUCGAGGAACUUGCGACGUUCCUGCCUCAGGUGGAGGAGUCCGUGACUGAUCUUCAACGUUUUAAUUCUGUUGUGGCACUCAUCGCUUUCCAACCAUUUAAAUCUGCUGUUGUGGCUUUAGAAAACAUCAAUGCUAUAUCAGAAGGUAUAUUACCUGAAGACUUAAACUUAUUCCUGGAGGGGGCAUUACCUAAGAGAAAGAAACGCGGGAAGUGCACUCUAGGAGUGUUGGAUCCAAAGUUAGGGGCUGCCAUCAGUGAAGCUCUAGAGAUACAAUGUUCACACACAGGAGCUGUGCCAGAGAUAUUGCGAGGUGUGCGCCACCAUUUCCAUGCCCUCAUCAAAGGGUUGACUCUCAAAGCAUGCAGCGUGGCCCAACUUGGUCUUGGUCACUCCUACUCACGUGCAAGAGUCAAGUUCAAUGUUCACCGAGUAGAUAACAUGAUCAUUCAGUCCAUAGCUCUACUGGAUCAGCUAGAUAAAGAUGUUAACACUUUUUCAAUGAGAAUAAGAGAAUGGUACUCCUACCACUUCCCAGAGCUGAUCAACAUUGUUCCUGAAAACCAUUUAUACACAAAGUGUGCCGAGUUUAUCAAAGACCGGAAGACCCUCAGCGAAGAGUCCGUAGAGCCUCUCACAGCAAUUCUAGGUGACUCUGAGAAGGCUCAAGCUAUCAUUGACGCUUCUAAAAUGUCUAUGGGCAUGGAUAUAUCUCCCGUUGACCUGAUUAAUAUACAGAUGUUUGCUGGAAGAGUAGUGGCACUCAGUAAUUACAGAAAGCAAAUAUCAGAGUACCUUCACACGAAGAUGCAGUCGGUGGCACCGAACUUGACCACAUUGGUUGGCGACCAGGUGGGAGCCAGGCUCAUCUCUAAAGCUGGCUCGCUCACCAGCCUGGCCAAGUACCCCGCCUCUACACUGCAGAUUUUAGGUGCUGAAAAAGCGCUGUUCCGAGCUCUUAAGACUCGCUCGAAUACGCCCAAGUACGGUCUUCUAUACCACUCUACGUUCAUCGGCCGAGCUGGACUGAAGAACAAGGGCCGCAUCAGCCGGUACCUGGCUAACAAGUGCUCAAUAGCGUCCAGGAUCGAUUGCUUCUCCGAAAAUCAAUCUUCAAUAUUUGGAGAAAAACUCCGCCAGCAGGUCGAAGAUCGUCUCAAGUUCUAUGAAACCGGAGACAUUCCGAAGAAGAAUAUCGAAGUGAUGAAGGAGGCUCUCGAGGAACUCCAGCAGACCGUCGAAGCUGAAGCCAGUGCCAAGAAGAAGAAAAAGAAGAAGAAGAAGAAGGAACAGGAGGCAAUGGAUGAAGAUUAA